UGUACUUGGGCUAGUAUUGAACCCGCUGGACCGUUACCCCAUUCUGCUCAGACAUGGCUGGAGCCCAGAGUGACCCCAUGAAAUGGUCACUUCCAGGCUGGAAAAUCGAGCAGAAAUAUUCCAACAGGGUCCUUAUAGGCAACUGGGAAGAAGAGAGAAAACAAGUUAAAGAAACCAAUGAAGUGAACAGCAGGACCGGUAGAAGCAAAUUCCGGCACCCCGAUGGCACUGUGAUCCGUAGAGAGGGUCUGCCCAAAGAGGUCCUUUUUGGUCACCACAUGACUCCCGCCUCCUGGUAUCUGGUGUCCACCUAUGAUGAGUUUUUCAAUCGCAGGAGUAAUCCACUCCUGCCCACUCGGCGAUAUUGGGAUGGGAACAGGCUGGCCUGGCUUCCUGAGAGGAGUGACCACCCGAUACCAAAGUGAAAGAGAAGAUGGCAUUUCUCAUCUGGCUGCUCUUCAGGGCCACACAAUGCAUUGCCAGAGUGGGCUCUGCUUUGU